GCAACUACAACGAUGGCACGUGACCUCGCGUCCCUCCUGAGAAAGGGACAAUCGCCAGCAACGCGUCUCCUUUCAGGAGUCAAACCGACCGCUUUCACGUCCUUCACAACCUCGUACUGUGUCGUCCGGGAGCCAAUAAAACCAGUCAAGACAAACAGCGAACACAACAUUGUCGAUGUGUCUUCAAAAUAACAGUUUGCUGGCUAGUGCAACCACCAUUAGCCCACUUCACUGUCUAGACCCGACGUGAUUCUAAACUGACAAGAUGGAUCCUGCUCCUAUUCCACCCAACUUCAUUUCACUGUCCGAAGCGGUCCGUAGAGUGGGCACGGGUCCGGAGUUCAAAAAUUACAAUGUCAUUGGAGUUUGUGUCGACUUCCUUGAGCCUACACUAUCCGCAAAGGGAGACUAUAUGAUCACGUUCACUUUGCAUGAUCCCUGGUGGACAGACCAAGGGCCAGGCAUGAAGUUCCGAUUCUUCAACAAAGUUGAGAACAAGCUGCCUACCAUUCAGAACCAGGGUGAUCUCGUGAUAGUGCGCAAUGUCAAGACUAUCAACAAUAAUGGCAAGCUUGUCGGAAUCUCCAACUUCGACACGAAUUGGCUUGUACUUCCUCAUGCCGAACUGGAUACGCUACAGACCUCAGCGGACAUCAAAGCCAAAGCUCUAUGGCACGGGAAGUCAGAUCCGACUUCCCGCAUGCAAACGGCUCUUCCCAAUGAUGCUGAGCUCAAGUAUGCCAAGUAUAUUGCUCAGUAUGAGGAUCCAACUGGGUGGAGCCCGCUCGUCGGGACCACGCGAAUACAGCUCGAAAAUAUAAUGAGGAGCAGCGGCGGUCAACCGCCUCCCCGCGAGAAGAAGUUCCGCUUGAUAGAGCAGUUGAACUCACCUAGUCAUAAGCAGCGUACUUGGGUCGAGAUGCUGGGAGAAGUGCGCAAGAUAUACUCUUCGGACUCGAGAAUGGAAAUUGAGGUGACGGACUACACCUCACAUUUUGAUCUAUACGAUCACCAGUACGACAAUGGUCAAAUUGGUCGGGAUGGUGACGACUUCGGACAUCUUGAUGACUCGAACCAAAGCAAGAGCUGGCCGGGCCCUUGGGGCAAAAUGGCACUAAAUGUCGUGCUGUGGGAACCUCAUUGUUCAGAAGCCAAGAGAUCUGUUACAGAAGGUACUUUUGUAUACCUUCGCAAUCUCGAGAUCGGAAGGGACAAAGAAGGGUUGAAACUAGAAGGGCAUUGUAGGACAGACCCGUCCAAUUCUACCUCGAUCAACUUCGAGGUCCGAAAACCUAAAGAGGACGAUGAAGAAUUGAAAGCACUCCUUUUGCGGAAGCGCAAUUACGAGGCACAGGCGAAAGCAGAGAACAAGCGCUUCUUCCGCCAUCCGCAGGACGCAAACAAAAGGAAAGCGAAGGAAGUCGAUGAGGUCGAAGAUACCCAUAAGAGCAAAAAGGCAAAAGCUAGACACCGAAAAAAGAAGGAGAACAAGACAGCAACAACGGCUCGGACAGAAGGGAAUCCCGACGGCGCCGAAGAUAAAGCUCUGACCAAGCCUAACCUUAACGUUCGAUGCAACAACUUCGAUGUCCCAGCCAAACCGAUCAUUGACAUUCUGGACGCGGAUAUUCUGGGCCGAACAACUCCCAAGGGUAACUCGUACAAGCUGCCUUUCCAGAAUUGCAAGUACAAGUCCAACGUGAGGGUUGUGGACUUCUUCCCAGACAGCAUCGAAGACUUUGCAGUUCCUCGCAUCACAAGUGAGUACGAUGUGUUGGGGGAUGAUGAGGAAGACCGGGAGGACGACGCCGAGAUGGACCUCACACGGGAAAAUGCAGAUAGCUUGCAGUGGGAGUGGCGUUUCUUUCUUCUAGUUGAGGACGCUCGACCGCCACCAAACCGCGACGGCAGGCCGACGCAGAUGGAGCUGUUGGUUGCCGACUCGGACGGAGACUUCCUCCUGAAAAUGGACGCUUGUAACCUGAGAGAAAAGAAGAACGCACAAGUGCUGGCACAAGUGAAGGAGAAACUGUUUCACUUAUGGGGAGAUCUCCAAGAGAGGAAAGAAGAGUCCCCCACGGUCGAGACGCUGGCAGCCAAGCCCAGUGGGAGGCCCUUCGAAUGCCUGAUCAAGGAGUAUGGCGUACCGGUCCGCAAGCCGGGUCAGUCAAAAAACAGCUGCUCGUACGACAGAAUGUUCCGUCUGUGCUGGACAACCAUAUGAAUUGGGAAUGGCGAGACUGAAGAUGCUCUCACACUGUCUCGACGGAGGCCAAUUUCUGAUUCGGGCCGAUUCGGCGGCAUGCCAAUAUGGAGCGCAUGCUUACCUAGCAUGGAGACGAGGUCAAUUCGCCGACGUUGGGUCUCCCUAGCCAUCGACGAAUGCCACUCGAGCAAGUUCGUUAUUGAAGCCCUGCAGCUGAGACAGCAGCUCAACGUUGGCUUGCGAGGCUCGGCUAGAAGGGCACAGCAUGGCAAUAUCGCUGGGGAAGGGCUUUGGCACAUCAAUGAAUUGCACGGGC